CUUUGUAUUAAUGUCCUUAAUUGGGGUGAUGAACAUGAUUAUCUAAGAUGACUUUUGUAAGGAGCUGCUGUUGUAGUGUCAGAAUUUUCUCAAUAUCACGACUGUCUGUGGACUGGAUGAUACGAAGGCUAUAUACUACAUUUAAUCAAAAAUAUUAUCCUGUUCAUAAUUGUACUCCAUGUCUUUUGAAACGCAAAAUUUUUCUAAUCAGAAAUCAUCCAGCUAAUACUGUCUCACCCCUGAUCUCAGAAAUACCAUCAAAACUAUAUUCUUACCAGCAGCAUGCAUCAACUCAUCACAGUAAUCAGGAUGUACAUAUGAAACAGUUUGAAAAUUCUUAUAAGUUAGUUGAAGAUGAAUUUUUAAUGCUUAAUAAUGAUAUUAAAAAGUUAAUUUAUACAAUCCAUCCAGACCUUCAGGAAAUUGCACACUACCAUUUGGAUGGCAGGGGCAAAUCUCUACGACCCAUGACAGUCAUGCUCAUGGCAAAAUCAUGUAAUUUUCACCAUAUUGGUGAUUCAACUAUCCUUCAUUCACAAUAUGUGAUAGCCAUGAUCUCAGAAAUGAUUCAUAUAGCCAGCCUCAUGCAUGAUGAUGUUAUAGACCAAUCAGACAUACGGCGAGGAAAGCCAAGUGUGAAAGCUGUAUGGGGUGAGCGUAAGGAAAAAAAAAUUAUAUCCAUCAUGCAGAGUACAGAUAUUUCUAAAAAUUCAGUUUGUGCAUGGUUGUGUGGUAAGAAGCUUGCUAGGCACAGGCAUGGCUGUGUAGUAAGAAUCUUGCUUCCCAACCACAUGGUUCCAGGUUCAGUCUCACUGCAUGGCACCUUGGGCAUCUUCUACCAUGUUUUAUACAUUAUUCAGUAUCCUGAAUUGCAUCCAUUGAUCAUGCGAAGAUUCAAACAUGAAGGUGAUGUGGAAAAAGCAAGGGAUUUAGUCGUAAAAAGUGAUGGUGUGACACAUACUCGGUUACUAGCUGAACAACAUGCCAAGGAGGCAAUUUCCAUGGCCAAAAUAUUAAAGCAUAGUGCAUCACAGCAGGCUUUAAUAAAUUUAGUAGAAUUUGUUCUUCAUAGAAAAAAAUAAUGGAAACCUUUUUUAUUAUAUUAAAAUAUUGCAGAUUUCAAAUUUUGUGAUUUUUAAAAAACAAAAUUAAAUAUUAAAAUUUUUUUAUUUAG